ACUCUACAUACUCAACCAAUUUCAAGCUUAGAUAAACCCCAAAAAUCUCCUACCUAAUAUCUUACCCACAUUUCUCUCUCUAUAUAUAUAAAGAGAAAGAAAAAAAAAAAGUAAAAAAGGAAAAAAAAAAAAUCUAUUCAAAAGUACCUAUUAUGGAAAUUAUCAAUGGAAAUUCGUCGCCGUACAUGUACAACGAUGACAAAAAUGGUGGCGGCAAUGAUUCGUUGAAAUGGGGCAAGGCGGCUGAGUCCCUAAUGGGAAGCCACCUCGACCAAGUCAAGGGUAUGGUGGAUGAAUAUAAACGGGCGGGGGCGAUCAAACUAGGGGGCGAGACACUGACAAUAGCGCAAGUGGCGGCAGUGGCGAGAAAAGGGGUUGAGGUCGAGUUAGCCGAGGGGGCCAAGAAAGGGGUUGAGGCGAGUAGCGAUUGGGUGAUGGAGAGCAUGAAUAAAGGGAUGGAUAAUUACGGCAUCACGACUGGAUUCGGAGCGACAUCGCAUAGAAGAACUAAACAAGGCUCGGUGCUACAAAAUGAACUUAUUAGGUUCCUAAAUGCGGGAAUAUUUGGCAAUGGAUCCGAGUCGACCCACGAACUUCCAAAAUCGGCCACAAGGGCCUCAAUGCUAGUAAGAAUCAACACACUCCUACAAGGAUACUCCGGGAUCCGGUUUGAAAUUCUCGACGCGAUCGCCAAACUCCUCAACCAUCGGAUCACGCCGUGCCUACCACUCCGGGGCACCAUCACCGCCUCCGGUGACAUAAUCCCAUUAUCUUACAUUGCCGGAAUUUUAUUGGGCCGGCCCAAUUCCAAGGCCAUUGGGCCCAAUGGUCAAGUCCUAAAUGCAUCCCAAGCAUUUGACCUUGCCGGCAUUGGGCCGGGCUUCUUUAACUUGCAGCCCAAAGAAGGCCUUGCCCUAGUAAACGGCACCGCCGUUGGAUCGGGCCUCGCCUCAAUAGUAUUAUACGACGCCAAUAUUCUUGUUGUCCUAUCAGAGGUUAUAUCGGGUAUUUUAGUCGAAGUUAUACACGGGAAGCCCGAAUUCACAGAUCAUCUGAUACAUAAGUUAAAACACCAUCCGGGCCAAAUCGAGGCCGCGGCUAUAAUGGAACACAUUCUCGACGGGAGCUCUUACGUUGAAGAAGCCCAAAAGCUACACGCUAUAGACUCGUUGUUAAAGCCAAAGCAAGAUCGAUAUGCCGUCCGCACGUCACCGCAAUGGCUCGGCCCGCAAAUCGAGGUCAUCCGCGCGGCGACUAAAUCGAUCGAGCGAGAGAUCAACUCAGUUAACGACAACCCUCUCAUCGACGUGUCGAGGAACAAAGCGCUCCACGGAGGCAAUUUCCAGGGCACGCCGAUAGGCGUGUCGAUGGACAACACGCGCCUCGCCGUCGCGGCGAUCGGAAAACUCAUGUUCGCGCAGUUCACCGAGCUCGUGAACGACUUAUACAACAACGGAUUACCAUCGAGUCUCUCGGGCGGUCGGGACCCGAGCCUCGACUACGGUUUCAAGGGCGCCGAGGUCGCCAUGGCGUCGUAUUGCUCCGAGCUACAACACUUAGCCAAUCCCGUGACGAACCACGUGGAGAGCGCCGAGCAACACAACCAAGACGUGAACUCGUUGGGCCUAAUCUCGGCGCGCAAAACGUCCGAAUCCGUCGACAUCCUCAAGCUAAUGUCGGCGACAUUCCUCGUCGCUUUAUGCCAAGCCGUCGAUCUUCGCCACUUGGAGGAAAAUCUAAAAGUCGCGGUGAAAAACACCAUUAGCCAAGCCACGAAGAAGGUACUCACGAUAAGUGACGACGGCGAGCUCCAUCCGUCGAGAUUUUGUGAAAAGGACUUGCUCAAGGUCGUCGAUCAAGUGCACGUGUUCUCCUACAUCGAUGACCCGUGUAGUGCCACAUACCCUUUAAUGCAAAAACUACGGCUAGUGCUCGUCGAGCACGCCCUGGCAAAUGCCGAGGGAGAGAAGGCCUAUUUCACAUCCAUUUUUACAAAGAUCGGUGAUUUCGAGGAAGAAUUAAAGACCCUUUUGCCGAAAGAAGUCGAGAGCGCUCGACUCGAGGUCGAGCGUGGGGAAUCGACAAUCGGGAAUCGGAUCAAGGAAUGUAGGUCGUACCCGUUGUACAAGUUCGUUAGGGACGAGGUCGGGACGAGAUUUUUGACGGGCGAGAAGGAGACGUCGCCGGGAGAAGAGUUCGAUAAGGUGUUUGAAGCUAUAUGCGAUGGAAGAAUGGUCGAGCCAUUGCUCGAAUGCUUGAAGGGAUGGAAUGGAGCUCCAUUGCCAAUCUCUUGAUGAAUGUUUGUUCGAAUUUCUACAAGUUUCGAACAAAAUAUAUAUAUAUAUACAUAUAUAUCUUGUAAUAUUGUUUUUGUUUUUGGAAAUCUAUCUUCUUUGAAAUUUCGUAUGUGAGAAAGACACACGUUUUUCUCUAAACGUGAUAUGGUAUACAUAUGUUCUUCUCA